GGGCGCCUCCCGGGUCCAGGGCCAGCUGGGGCCCGGAGCCCGCAGGGCUGGAGCCGGCGACGGCUGCUCUUUUCGUUCGGCCGCCUGCCCAAUGGACGAGCCUCCCGGGAAGCCCCUCAGCUGUGAAGAGAAGGAAAAGUUGAAGGAAAAAUUAGCAUUCUUGAAAAGGGAAUACAGCAAGACACUAGCCCGCCUUCAGCGUGCCCGAAGAGCUGAAAAAGUUAAGAAUACUAUUAAGAAAACAGUAGAAGAACAAGAUUGCUUGCCCCGGCAGGAAAUCUCACCACAGCUAAACCACUCAGAACCUAAAAAUAAAGUGUCUCUUUGUGACACAAAGUCACAAAUCAACACCCAUUUUGAUGAAAAAACUGGAGAAAAGACAUCUAUCACACUUGAUGUUGAGUCUGGGUCCUUUAACCCUGGAGACGGCCCAGAAGGAUUACUUAUACAAAGCACAGAUGACAUCCAAGAACAUCUUUCCCCCAGGGCCAGUGGUCCUGAUGGUAAGAAAAGGCAGAGUAAGAUGCCCGGGAGGAGCAAGAAGCAGCAGAAGAGAACAUGUAUUUCACAGGAGAGACAAUGUGUCUUUGACGCAGAUUCACUCAUACUCUCUGAAAAAAGACUACAGGGAGAAAUCUGUAGCAAAAAUCCUAAGUCACCAGUAACUGAAAUAAGAACUCACCUUUCAAGUCCUCUCAAGUCUGAACUUCCAGAUUGUCCAGGACCAGUUACAGAACAUGAUGGAGAGGGUAUAUUAAUUCCACCAACUGCCAAACCAGAAAGAAGUGUUGAUAGACUCCUAAGAAGAACUAAUUUCCCCAAGGAGACUACAAUUCCUUUGCAUACUUCACCAGAUAGCAGUAAUAGUCAGUACCUUGAACAUAUGCCUCCUAAAGGUAACUGUGAACUUAUUGCUCAGGGUUUAAAAAACAUUAGCCUUGCUUCAUCUAUAAACUUGGAGGCACAAGGCAAAAAAAUGACUAUACUUACAGAUAACCCAGUAGUAAAUAAAGCUGUAAGUGCAAGUGGCCAACUAGCUAGAAGUCAUAAUUUAGAGGCAGAUAAUUCAUGUUUUAUAAAUGAAGUCACUUACAGUAACUUACCAGCAAAUGAAAACCCAAACUUAAAAGAACAAAAUCAUACAGAGACAUCUUUACAAUCUCCCAGUAAUGCUCUUGAUGGUAGAAAUGAAUGUCUUCGGGAAAAUAAGACUCUAGGUCAAUCUAAGAGUCUUUGCCUAGAAGCAAGCUCUCCUGUUUCUAUAGAAAAUCAAACACAUUCUUGCACAAUGCUUGAAGGCCUUCUGUUUCCUGCAGAAUAUUAUGUUAGAACAACACGACACAUGUCAAAUUGCCAGAGAAAAGUAGCUCUGGAGGCUGUAAUUCAAAGUCACUUGGGUGUCAGGAAAAAAGGGUCUAAAAAUAAAAAUAAGAAAGCAAGUGAAAAUUUACACCUUUCCAAUGAGAAAACUGACCAAAGUGAAAUUAGGAUUUCUGACACACAUACAGGACAACCAAAUUCAAGAAGUCCUCAGAAACAUCUCUCAUUAACUAAAGUCAAGCCUCCCAAUGGGCCCACUGAAGAUAAUGAUUUUUCUAGGAAGGCAGUUACCCAGCUAACUGGCAGAAGACACAGAGGAAAAAGAAAAUCAACCUGCAUCUCGGCAUUAGAUCAUCAUGAACGACUUUUGCCAACUUCUGGUACAUUGGACAUUAACAGUUCUGGGGAGGAAGUCAUCUUGCACAAAUAUCGGAACAAAACAGCAAUUAUUCAUGGUAAGAAGGUUCAAGGGAAGGAAGGUCAUCAUCAAAAAGAGGACUUCCUGUCUUCCAGUGAUAAUGCUUAUUUAGCUUUGGACAAUGAUGCUUUCAGUGUUCCUUUUCAUAAAAACGAAAUGCUGAGUUUAAAGCAACUGUCAUCUUUUCUCAAUAUCAUAGACUUCCAGUUACCUGAUGAAGACUUUGGGCCUCUUAAGCUUGAAAAACUGAAGUCCUGCUCAGAAAAACUGAUUGAACCUUUUGAAUCAAAUAUUUAUGGAGAGAGGCAUCUUAAGGAGGAAAACUGCAUUACUGUUCUGGAGGAACUGAUUCCUAAACAAACAGACACAGAGAUAGAGGACUUGAAAGAGGACCUUACUGAUCUACCAGGAAAAUCACAUCCUAAAAUGUCAGACCUAAAAAGCCAGCCUACAAAUAAGGGCCUCUCUUCAUCCAUAUUACUUUUCACUCCCUUAAAUACUGUUGCAGCUGAUGAUAGUGACAGACCUACUGCAGACAUGUGUUCACCUGCUUUCCCCAUCUUAGGUACUACUCCAGCUUUUGGCUCCCAAGCAUGCUAUGAUAAAGGGUCUACAGAGGGUGUUGGACAAACUUGCUCUACACCCCAGGUUUCUCUCUUGAAAGACACAGUCAGUCUUGCUGGUGAUAGUACAACCAGCCCACCAAAACUGGAUAUCAGCCUGCAUGUUUCAGGUAGGCAAAGACAACCUACCUGUGACUGUGACUCUGGCCCCCAAACAACACCUCUACCUGUGGAGUCAUACACUUUCAAAGAAAAUCAGCUCUCUGGAAAUACAUGCCAGGAGUUAUGUAAACAUUCCAUUGAACAGACUGAAAUAGCAGAUCUUCCUGCUUGUGAUAGCUUAAACCCAGGCAACCUACAAUUGGUUUCAAAGUUAAAGAAUCCUUCAGGCUCCUGUUCCGUGGACGUCAGUGCCAUGUGGUGGGAAAGAGCUGGUCUUAAAGAGCCAUGUAUCAUAACUGCUUGUGAAUAUGUAGUUUCUCUUUGGAAACCUCUGGACACUUGGCAGUGGAAAAACAUUUAUACCUGGCACUUCACAGAGGUUCCAGUAUUACAAAUAGUUCCAGUGCCUGAUGUUUGUAAUCUUGUGUGUGUAGCUUUGGGAAAUUUGGAAAUCAGAGAACUCAGGGCAUUAUUUUGUUCCCCUGAUGAUGGAAGUGAAAAGCAGGUGCUACUGAAAUCUGGAAAUAUAAAAGCUGUGCUUGGCCUAACAAAGAGGAGGCUAGUGAAUAGCAGUGGGACCCUUUGUGAUCAACAAGUGGAAAUCAUGACAUUUGCAGAAGAUGGAGGAAACAAAGAAAAACAGUUUUUGAUGCCCCCCGAAGAAACUGUACUAACUUUUGCUGAGGUCCAAGGGCUGCAGGAAGCUCUGCUUGGUACUACUGUCAUGAACAACAUUGUUAUUUGGAAUUUAAAAACUGGUCAACUCCUGAAAAAGAUGCACAUUGAUGAUUCUUACCAAGCUUCAGUCUGUCACAAAGCCUAUUCAGAAAUGGGGCUCCUAUUUGUUAUUCUGAGUCAUCCUUGUGCCAAAGAGAGUGAGUCGUUGGGAAGUCCUGUGUUUCAGCUGAUUGUGAUUAAUCCUAAAACGACCCUGAAUGUGGGUGUGAUGCUGUACUGUCUUCCUCCAGGGCAGGCUGGAAGGUUCCUGGAAGGUGACGUAAAAGAUGAUCGUGCAGCAGCAGUCUUGACUUCUGGAGCAGUUGCCAUUUGGGACUUACUUCUUGGUCAUUGCACUGCUCUCCUUCCACCUGUUCCUGACCAAAAUUGGUCUUUCGUGAAAUGGUCAGGUACAGAUUCUCAUUUGCUGGCUGGACAAAAAGAUGGAAAUAUAUUUGUAUACCGCUACUCAUAAGUUAGGGUAAGAUGGAAACACAAUUCUCUGGGUAUAUUUGUCAUAGUAUUUUUUGGAGUUGGAAGCAUAACGGAAAAUGUCUGCAUGACAUUUAUAAUAAUUACUGUAUACAUCCAGACGGACUUAUUUUUCUUCUGAUGGUGGUGGUACCACUGAUCUUGAAUGUUCAGUGGGGAAAUGCUUGGUUGGGGAAAAGGGUUUUAAGUUGAUUUUUGUAAUUCCCACAUUUGCACAUUUGUUUUUGUGGUGUACAUAAAGCUUCAAAUGUCAAUAAAUAUUUAUUUUGAUACA